GAGAAGCAUCUCAACGCCGAGCAGUGGCCACAAGCCGGCCUCAUGUCCAUCGGCACGCUUGGAAACGAUGAGCCUCCUCCGGCGCAGGAGCAGGACCUGCCGGAGUUCGCCGUGGAGGAGGUGAAGAAGCUCCAGGACGCCCUGGAGAGGCUCCUCCGGCGAGCCAAGUCCAAGUCCAGCACCCGCGGCUCAGGGGCCGACGCGGACAGCCCGCCGCUGGACAGGUUCCUCAACUGCCCGUCCAGCCUCGAGGUGGACAGGAGGGUUCAGACGAAGCACAGCGAGGGUGAGGGCGACCUCUCGCCGGACACCAAGAUCAUACUGACCAAGGCCAGGGACUUGCUUGACAACCGCAGCGGCAACAUCAAGCAGAAGUCGUUCAAGUUCCUGCUCAAGAAUAUGUUCGUCUUCAAUGGCGGCUUUUUCGCGCCGGCGCCGAGCUUGAAGGAUCCCGUGGAAUCAAGAAUGGGGAAGUUAUUUCGGACGGUGCUGGGGAAGAAGAUCAAUGCCAGGUCCGGCAACGGCACAGCAAUGUCGAAGAAGUACUUCGUGGAGGAUGGACCUAAGGGGAAGAGGCGAGGUGAUCGUCGCCGUGGCUGCCAAGAUGGGGAGGGGGAAGAGAGCUGCAGGUGGGACAGAACAGAUUCUGAAUUCAUUGUUUUGGAGAUAUGA